AUGGCCCGAGGCAAUGACAGCGGCCAGGCGGGUACUGAGGGCAACUCAGUCACACCUAAGGCCGAUCCGGUGACCUACCCCGCGCUACAGCCCUACUUAGAAGCCCUUCUUCGAGAAACCAGAGACAGACGCGUCUCCCUUCCUGCGCGAGGAGCACCCCUCGGCCAGGACGACUUCACCGAGUUACGUGCUGUGAAAGACUACCUGGUACGAGUCGAUAACGAGCAUCGUUCUAUGCACGAACUCGAAGAGAGAGACUCCACCAGCGACCCCAAUGAAUCACGCCCUACCAAGCGUGUAUCAUUCAGAUCUAACCCUCCUCCCCAGCCACCAGACCUUCAUACCUCGUCCGACGUCCCUCACCAAGUAGCGAACAACGGGACAGCGACACUAGGAUUGAUGCAUGCUUCCACUGUCACGAACGAGGCCAUAUUGCCGCCGAUUGCCUCAAGAGGACGGAUGAACGCGCCUCCACCCCCUAUAAUACAAACUCCUUCCGACGCAGCCCUAGAGUCAAUGAAAUGGAUACCACUCCGGACGAGGAUCCCAGUAGCGAUUCGGACUACCAGGAGGACUCGGAAAACCGACUACCCCUUUCAAAGCCUCGGAAGGAGUAGCACUCGUGACCUCUGGACCGGCUUCUUCUGUCCCUUUCUGCUCAUCUGGCUCAACGGUGGUCGAAGGCAGCGGUACGUUAGGGAGCGUCUUCGCAUAUUUGUUGCUCUGGUCUCCUGGUUAGUGAGUACCUACGAUACAUUGCUGUACUUUGCAUAUGGUUCCAGGCUUGGGCCAGUUAUUGUUGAAGAGGACCGGCCGACUACUGCAAAGAUGUCAGCAUUUCAGCCACAGAAUCUGUCGCAACCAGGCAGGUUCUGA